AUGAAUAAGAAACAACGAAACCGUCUCACUGAUGAUUUACUAUUUAUAAACACAAAAGUAUAUUGUUUAUGUGGUACAACUGGGAUCUCGCAUUAUGGUCAAGCUCGAUGCGACAGUUCACCGAAAAUCACAUCAAAUGACGCAAGAAUGUUAAGAAAUG